UCAAAAUGAAUGAGCAUCCUAAAAAGAGGAAAAGGAAGACUCUACAUCCUUCUCGAUAUUCAGAUUCUUCAGGUGCAAGCAAAUACAUAGACAACAGUGGCAUUUUUUCUGACCACUGCUACAGUGUCUGCUCUAUAAAACAGCCAGAUACAAAGUUUUCUGAAAACAGAGGUAGAUUCCACAGUCCGGCGCAGAGCGUGGACACAGACGAUGAUGGGAGUCCAGUGCACGCUGGGACUUCUCAGUGGAGUGGGUCGCAUUCAAACAUGGGGUUCCACUAUACAGACCCUAAAAAGAAGGAUAAAGAUAAAGGUACUAAUAAUGGAAUGUGCAGAGACUUAUGUGAUUCACCUAUAUUCAAUGACAGCCCUACAGACGAAGAGAAACCUCUAGAUAUUCAAACUGUAGAAAUUUCUACAACAGAAGUGAAUGCUGUAGAAGUUCACGAUAUAGAAACGCAGACUGUGUCUCCUGAAAAGCUAGAAGCUGAGGACCUAGAGGAAAUCCCUCUGGAAACCUGUAAAAUAUUUGAGAAGAACCAAGCUUUGAAUAUCACAGCUCAACAGAAAUGGCCUUUGCUGAGAGCCAACAGCAGUGGCUUAUACAAAUGUGAGCUCUGUGAGUUUAAUAGCAAGUAUUUCUCUGAUUUAAAGCAGCACAUGAUCCUGAAGCAUAAGACAUGCACAGACACUCAUGUCUGUAAAGUUUGUAAAGAAAGCUUCUCCAGCAAAGUGCAGCUCAUUGAACAUGUAAAACUACAUGAGGAGGAUCCAUACAUCUGUAAAUACUGCGAUUACAAAACAGUGAUAUUUGAGAAUCUGAGUCAGCACAUCGCAGACACUCACUUCAGUGACCACCUUUAUUGGUGUGAGCAGUGUGAUAUGCAGUUCUCCUCAAGCAGUGAGUUGUACCUGCACUUCCAGGAGCACAGCUGUGACGAGCAGUAUUUGUGUCAGUUCUGUGAGCAUGAAACAAAUGACCCGGAAGAUCUGCAUAGCCAUGUGGUGAACGAACACGCGUGUCGACUGAUAGAGUUAAGUGACAGCUAUAAUAACAAAGAGCGUGGGCAGUACAGCCUUAUAAACAAAAUCAGUUUUGACAAAUGCAAAAACUUCUUUGUAUGCCAAGUGUGUGGCUUUAGGAGCAGGCUGCAUACCAAUGUCAACAGGCAUGUAGCUAUUGAACACACCAAAAUAUUCCCUCACGUUUGUGAUGACUGUGGGAAGGGCUUUUCAGGUAUGUUGGAAUAUUGCAAGCAUUUAAGCACUCAUUUAUCUGAAGGGAUUUAUUUGUGUCAAUACUGUGAAUAUUCAACAGGACAGAUUGAAGACCUGAAAACUCAUUUGGAUUUCAGGCAUUCAGCAGAUUUGCCCCAUAAAUGUACUGAUUGUUUAAUGAGGUUUGGAAAUGAAAAAGAUCUUUUAAGUCAUCUUCAGAUACAUGAGACGGUGUGAUUGCUUUCUUUCCCUGUAAUCAGUUUUUUAGAACUGGGAGUAAUUUCCAGUCACUGAAAUGUUGUAUUAAAUACAAUUUUAACAGCA